UCCAUUGAGACGCUGGCUGUUUGUAUCCAUUGAGGAGCUGCCUGGCACUGGGGGUGUGCUCUCGCCGAGUCCUAGGGACUGUGAGCAAAGCCAGGCUUGAAUAAUCCGGCGAGAAACACUGGGUUGGAUCUGAGGUGCAGCCUCAGAGGAAAGAAUUAGGAGCUGCUAGAGUUAGACUUUUUUUUUCUUCCUUUUUCCUUUUCCUCUUCUCAGUGGCACGGAGUCCGAAUUAAUUGGAUUUCAUUCACUGGGGAGGAACAAAACUGGGCACCUUCAUUCAGAGAGAUUCAUUGACUCCGAGGGUGAUCCGCUGCAGCCUGGUGCAGAGGGACCGCCGGCUUGGCUUUCUGUGUCGCCUUCCCUAACCGCUAGCCUCGGCUUGGGAAAGGCGAGGCAGAAUCCAAUCCCGCUCCGAGAGCGGGAGCUUCGCGCAGUGUUCUCUGCCUAUGCCUGCCUUGAGGGGCGUCUGCUAGGCACCCCGCCAUCUCCUGCAGCUCGACCCCCAUGAUAGAUACGCUCAGACCCGUGCCCUUCGCGUCGGAAAUGGCGAUCAGCAAGACGGUGGCAUGGCUCAACGAGCAGUUGGAGCUGGGCAACGAACGGCUACUGCUGAUGGACUGCCGACCGCAGGAGCUGUACGAGUCGUCGCACAUUGAAUCGGCCAUCAACGUGGCCAUUCCGGGCAUCAUGCUGCGGCGUCUGCAGAAGGGCAACCUGCCGGUGCGCGCGCUCUUCACGCGCUGCGAGGACCGGGACCGCUUUACCAGGCGCUGCGGCACAGACACCGUGGUGCUCUAUGACGAGAACAGCAGCGACUGGAAUGAGAACACAGGUGGAGAGUCGGUCCUCGGGCUGCUGCUCAAGAAACUCAAAGACGAGGGCUGCCGGGCGUUCUACCUGGAAGGUGGCUUCAGUAAGUUCCAGGCGGAGUUCGCCCUGCACUGCGAGACCAAUCUAGAUGGCUCCUGCAGCAGCAGCAGUUCCCCGUCCUUGCCAGUGCUGGGGCUCGGGGGCCUGCGGAUCAGCUCCGACUCUUCCUCGGACAUUGAGUCUGACCUUGACCGAGACCCCAAUAGUGCGACGGACUCGGAUGGCAGCCCGCUGUCCAACAGCCAGCCUUCCUUCCCGGUGGAGAUUUUGCCCUUCCUGUACUUGGGCUGUGCCAAGGACUCUACCAACUUGGACGUGUUGGAGGAGUUUGGCAUCAAGUACAUCUUGAAUGUCACCCCCAAUCUGCCCAAUCUGUUUGAGAAUGCAGGGGAGUUCAAAUACAAGCAAAUUCCUAUCUCGGAUCACUGGAGCCAAAACCUUUCCCAGUUUUUCCCUGAGGCCAUUUCUUUCAUAGAUGAAGCCCGAGGCAAAAACUGUGGUGUCCUGGUCCAUUGCUUGGCAGGCAUCAGCCGCUCAGUCACCGUGACGGUGGCUUACCUUAUGCAGAAGCUGAACCUCUCCAUGAACGAUGCUUACGACAUUGUCAAGAUGAAGAAAUCCAACAUCUCCCCCAACUUCAACUUCAUGGGCCAGUUGCUUGACUUUGAAAGGACACUGGGGCUCAGCAGCCCCUGUGACAACCGAGUGCCAGCACAGCAGCUGUACUUUACCACACCCUCCAACCAGAACGUCUACCAGGUGGACUCUCUGCAGUCUACGUGAAAGGCGCCCACCUUUCCUAGCUGGCUGGGAGUAUGCCGUCCAUUCCUUCAGCAGUUUCUCUUGGGGCAGCGACCUCCAGGCUGCUCUCUUUGUGUGUGGCCCCAGGUGUCACAAAUGUCACCAAGCUGUCUGUAUUAGACAAGGUUGCCAAGUGCAAAAUUGGUUAUUACAGAGGGAGAGAUGAUGUACUCCAUUCAUCCUUUCUGGAAGGACAGGACAUGCUAUCUAGAUCCAGGCAAAUAGGUUUGUUUCCGUACCCCAGCCUACCCAAGCAGGGACUGGACAUCCAUCCAGAUACAAAGGGUAGGACCAAGAAGGUAUGGUAGGGCAUGUGUUCUUUAGGGUCUUCUAUGGCUGUUUUCCUGUUGGCAUCUGGAACUAAAUAUAUAUUGUCUUCAGUGAAGACUGACUCAACUUUGGGUAUAGUGGAGCCAAAGAGAUUUUAGCUCUGUAUUUGUGGUAUCGGUUUGGAAAACAAAUCAAAACCUGAUACUUUUCAUUUGAUUACUGUAAAUAGUUGAUCUUAAGUCACUUGACAGUGUUUGUUUGGCUUGUGUUUGUUUUUAAUCUUGGAUGGGUUUAAAAGAAAUCCAAAGGGAGAAAGAGCAGUAUGCCACUUAAGACAGAAAAAAAAAAGAAAAAUUUUUUUUUGCUCUUUUUGAAUCCAAAGGGUAUAAUUGCAGCAUGCUUAGCCUUAUUGUACCAAUUCUGAUGACAUUUUCAUGGAUAUUAUCACUAAGACUUUGUUAUGGUGCAGUCUUCAGUCUCAUAUAGC